AUGAACUUUAUAAAAACACACAUUUAUGAACAGGAGUAUACCAAUGAAGGAAUAAAAGAACAUGAAAAGGACGCGAGGAGCGCAAAAGAGAUUGAUGAAAAUAACAGGCUAAAGGAGCUACCAGAAUUUAAAAGGGAUAAUCAGUUUCUAAGUCUAUCGGAACAAUUGGAACUCAAAAAAAAUAACAACAGUGGUGCAGGUGGACCAGGCAAAGAAGAUGAAGCAGGACUCGCCAACAUAUAUGACAUGCCUAAUAUGACCGAAGAAUAUGCUGAGUACUACGACAAUUAUGCGAAGCAUGAUAAUUAUAGUAUUCAGAAAAUCAGGGAAAGGGAAAAAGAAGUAGAAUUUGAAUUUAAAGAAGCUUUAAAAAGUUAUGCAAAGAAAAAAGAAUUAAAGGAAAAAGAAGAUGAAGCAGAUUUGUGGAAGGAAGAAGAAAGUAAUCAUCUUAACUUACGUGAGAUAAAAAAAAAUAUGAUUAAAAAAAAAAAAAAAAUCAUUCCAGUUAAUAAGACUAGUGUAAAGGCCAUUAUAAAGACGAAGAAAAAAAGUGCCAUCGCUUCUCCAAAGGAGGGCCAUACAGACGUAAGAAAGGCUUCCACCCGUGAGAACAAUUCCCUGUUGCUUGGUUAUUCCGAUUACUCGGAUGAGUAG